ACAAAGGCAAGGCAACUGGCGACUGCGACUGCGACUGCGACUGCGACCACAUCUCCGCCUUCCUGAGUGCGUGCUUUUGUUACCAGCAUCCAACAUCCGACUUCCAACACCCACAAAUUCACAGGCUUCAAACAUUGUUCAAUUCUUCCAGGCACAACAGAUUUCGUCAGCUCAUAUAAUUCAGGUAUCAAGAUUAUUACAUCGCCUUUCUUUUGCCGCAUUUUUGGGCGUUGGGUCACAUACAACGUGCCUCGUGCUCGUUUUCCAGGCACAUACGUGACGUUGCAAGGCGACACUGCAGCUUGCUAAGCCAUCAUUCUUCUUUUCCCUAAACACCCGCUCACUCGACCUGCUUCAUCGCACCAGUCGACCGACCCCAUCUUCUUCCUUGAGUCUCACGCUCUUCAACUUAUUUCCACCUCAUUAUUCCUGGUUAUGCUUCUGCCAUCUGCCUCGACAUAACACCCCUCCUCCUCCGUCGUCCACCCGUCUUCAAUGAGCCCGCGUGGGCGUCCAUCCAAUCAUGGAGAACCAUAAACAUCACAUCGAAGACCUGGUCAACGGCUCCUCCAACAAACAUGGCUCAGAGAUCUCGCGAGCCACCUCCCCGGGCACCUUUCCAGGUCUGGACCGUAACCACGGUCCUGAUCUCGACUCCCAGCUCAAGCGAAACAGGCCUCGCACCUUUCCCUACUACAAGACCCUUCCAUAUGCCGUCGAAGACGAUGACCUGAGACAAAAGAACCUUUCUGUAAUUCUCAAACAUCUCUACAUUGCUGUUCAAGCCGGCGACUUUACUCCUGGUGCCGCCCAUUGGACUAGAGAACUACGGAGCUGGCUGUCCUUAAAAUUCGAUCCCACUAGGGAACAGAGAGUCAAGUUGGUCAAACUCUACUAUGAACUUGCUCUUGCUCCGGGCAUUGACCCAGGCGUUGCCGAGAGGUUCGCCAGCAUGUUCAUGCUGCUCACAAAACGAAAGCACUAUCUACGUCCCUUCAAAGACCUCACGCUCGACUGGCGUCCCCUCUACCGAGAACUCAAAGUCUUUGUCCUACCUAGCGAGUCGGGCCUCAUGCAGACGACAAACCUCAAAAGAAACAUCAAAACUUUGACAAAGAUGACCUCUUUUGCUCAACUCUACUUCGACCCAGAAGAGAUCCCUGCCAUGCUCGACGAGAUUCUACCCUAUUUCACAAUGUCCUCUACAGAAGGCGCUUUCGUCGUCAUUGGAUUGUUCAACUUACUUCUUCCGACCGCCCCGCCACAUGCUGAUCGCCCUGACCUUGUGCCUCAACAGUUUCUCCCCACUUACUUUCAUCUGUGGUCACUUGUUAAUCGUUCCCGCACCGUCGACGUCGCCUGCCUCGAUCUCUUCUCCCGACUGGCCCGGGACAAUCUCUCCUGCGAAGCCGUCCAAUUCACCGAGUUCGGUAUCUUCACCCCUGAGCAGUCAACCCUGAUCGCUACCUCGGUUCUCAGAUUGCUCGAGAUCCCCGUAGGCCAGUCCACCUCUCCCUACACCGCCAUGGUCGAUUUGUCCGCCGGCAUGGGCAUUCUGCUCGAUCGUGAUUCCCGAAAACACCCCGUUUCCCAUCACAUUGCUCGGUGGUUCGUCAUGUCUCUGUCUCCGGCUUGCCUCGAUGCAGACGUUUCGGUUUUGUCCCUGCUCGAGACUCUGAUUCAGGCCGUUGAGACCUUUUUCCAUCCAUCCAAUUCUGGCUCCUGGACCCGAACCCUGGCACAACUGGUCUUUUAUCUGUCCGACUUCUUCGUUAUGCGUUGGAAUAGGGAACGCAAUGGAGAGAUGGAUGUCCCCCCGGAGCGCAGGCUGAAUGAAGCCAUUCGGAAGAGAUUCGUCCUUUGUCUGAGGGAGGUCAUUUUCAUGGGAAUUUAUGCAAAGAGUGGAACAGCCAUGAGCUUUUCUCUCUCCACUCUUCAGACCCUGGCCUUCCUUGAACCUGAUCUGAUCCUACCAGGGGCUUUACAACGCAUCUAUCCGUCCAUGCAAGGCCUCGUCGAGGUACACCGGACCAUCUCCUCCUUGCGUUCAUUGCAAAUUCUGGCUCGAACCAUGAUUAGAACAAAGGGCUAUCGAUGCCACAUCACUGCCUUCCUCGGCCUCGCCUUACCCGGAAUAGAUGCCAAUGAUUUGGAGAAAACCCUGUACACCCUUUCCUUCUUCGCCAACGUAUGUUACAACAUUCCAUUCCAGGACUUGUCCAAGGGAAGAGACGACGUUCAAGGCGACAUCCUGGCCAUGGAGUGGAUCACCGGUGAAAUGGAACGCAUGGAACAAGAAGGUGGCAAUAUCGAGCUCAACUACGCUAGUCUCGAUGACAAGCAGGAGGAGAUGAUCCUUGCUUCGUCCACAGCAGGUUUCAGCGAAUUUGUCAGCUCCUUUCUGGGUAGAGUGUUCACUUUGCUCGAGAAUCUGCCAGACGCCGCCCGCAUCAGAAGUGGCUCUCCUGAAGAAAAUAUCGUCAACACCCUCCCAGCUGCCUUCAUGCCACUUCUUGCCUCAUUGUCCCCAGAGCUCUUUGAUUUGGCUUUGAACAAAAUUGUGGACUUUGUGGCAAACCAUGUCAUCCAUCAGUCCCGCGACGCUAUGGCCUUCAUCUGCAAUUGUCUGUGUAAAGUCGACGCCGAAAAGUCCCUUGCCAAAUUUGUUCCCGUCUUGACCGCCGCCAUCCGAACCGAGAUCGACGAGAACGGCGCUGGCUCGACCCGAAAUGCCGCAAACGAUGUUCUCCCUCGUGACCGAGGUCUGGUAUGGAACAUUAGCAUGCUUAGUAUGUGUGUUGUACACGUGGGUUCCGCGGUUCUCAAGUACAAGCAAGAACUCUUCGACAUUGCCGUCUACAUGCAACAGCAUUGCAAAGGGAUGCCCACUGUCCACGUGUCCAACUACAUCCAUCAUCUGCUCCUGAAUCUCACCGUCACUUAUACCUCAGACUUUAGGCUCUUCGAACCUGAAAAGACCCAGAAUGGGAUCAACGCGUCAUUGUGGGGAGUUGCAGAACCGGCCGCAACCAUAAAACCAAGAUGGCAUGUCCCAACUCAGGCCGAACUGGACUUUGCCGUCGAGUUGUUCCAAAACCAAGCAGAGGGCGCCAUCAAACAUUUGACAGGUCUGAUCCAAGGCACCUCCAGCAUCAAGAGAGAUGGCACAGGUAAAGAAUGGUCUGACGAAGUCUCACGCAAUCUGGUGCUUCUGCGACUAUUGAUCGCUGGCGUCUCUGUCUUGUUUGAUGCAAAAGGCGUCAAUGAAGGUCUCAAAACUACGGCCGUAGGGGUUGAUACCGAGGCGUCCUUGUCGCGAGCCAACGGAUUUGCACCCGAAGACAGUAACCCCAUCUUGGAGGGCGAUUCUGUUUUAGAUGGGACUGAUGAGAACUCUAUCAAGCCCUCAUUUCAAUACCCGUGUGGAGCCUUGCUGAAGCCGGAUGACAGGAACUAUCAAAUACUCCACAGUCUACGACAGGACAUUGGCCGAGUCUUGCACAAAGUCCACGUCUUUCUGACGCGAGAGGGAGAAGAUGACGUCUCUUCGUUCGCCCCUCUAUACACCGCCUAUCGAUCAUGGUUUGUCGACGUCGGCAUUGAACGAUCUGCGCAUGUCCUUGAUAGGGUGACACGUCUGUUGCAUGCGGAUGAGCAACCUUAUAAAGUCAGUGGUGUCAGAAAAGACUAUCCACGUUCCAUCCUGGUACGAAGAGCGAAUGUGUACCACACUCAGCGUCUUCGCCAUAACGCUGCACCGAGACCCCGCUCGGAACUCGACGAGCAGCUCUUGCUAGAUCUGGGCGAGUCAGCAGUUUCUCUAUAUACUGAGGUGCGCCGAAACGCCCAAAGUGCCGGGGAGUCGGCUUUAAAGGUGAUAUUUGGCGCUCGACUGUUCAUGAUCCCCCCGCUACUGCGCUCUUUCCAGAAAGCUGUGGAGCUGAAAGACUUUCCGCGGAUAAAAGGUGCCUUGUUUGCACUAUUAUUUGGCACUCUUUCCAAGACGAUUGGCAGACAUUGGAAGUACACGCCUGAUGUGAUCAAGACUUUCAUCGAAGCCAGCACGGCGGAUAAGCCAUCCAUCCAAAAACUUUGCAGUGGUGGCCUUUUCCAGGUCAUGGACUAUGGACGGCCCGGGGACCGGAUGGCCAUCAUCGACAGGACAGUGGUUGAAGUCUUCACUCCAGACGAAGACGUUGAGGACAAAGUAGCAAAGCAAAAGUCAUCUGUGCUCGCAAAACGCGCCAGUAUCGAAAAGCGGAAAGCCGAAUUGGCCGAAGAACUCAUUGAUCUCGGCCGAGUAUCCCACUGGAAGAAGGCAACGCGAGUUGCAACUCUGGUCAUGUCACUGGGGAUGAGGUUUGAUCAUAUUGCGUCUGAUAAUAUGAUUGACUUGAUCACCAACGGAACCAUCGAUCCCCACCCUGGUCUGCGAGGACUUUAUUCCCAAGGCUUGGUAGCUCUUUUCACAAUGACGGAUGUGCGAGCCGUUUGUGGGCACGAUUAUGCCAACUACAUUCAGGCACGGCAAGAAUUUCCGGCCAAGGUCAAAGUGACCACACAUUCAGAACAAGACUCAUGGACCCGUGACUAUCUCGAUGCAUUCUCCAAACCCGAAGCCGAAGUCUACAUCGACCAUGACUAUCCUGGAUGGCUGGUGUGGUCCAAAUCCAUGCCUGGGUACAAGGCCAACAUCAAGCAGGACAUCGAAUACGACGAACUUGAGCUGAAGAAACGUAGCGUCAUCGGUAAACUUCUCACCCGUGACUGGUUUGUGUCAUUCUUCAAAUAUCUCAAGCAAGAGCCUCGCGAUGCAUCGGCGGACAAAUUCCGCAUGGCCAGCGCAGCAAUGUUGACCUACGCAUUUGAGCUCAUUAUUCGCGAUGGGCUCGCUGUCGCGACGCUAGACGACAUCAAAGAGGAGACCCUGGCCGUCUUUGAAGAUGGCAGUGACAAACACCAGCAUCGUGCAACUGCCGAGAUUUUGGCAGGCCUGAUCACAUCUGUUAUGGACGGAUCAAUUGAGAAGAGAACGAUGGUGUGGGAAUUCGCCUUUCCUAUCAUUAGGAAGAUCUUUUCUGAUGACCUGACCCCUGAGAAUUCAGGAUACUGGACGACCUUCUUACACAUGAUUUUGCAAGCUCGAGACCCUCGUCGUGCGUGGCCGCUGGUUGAAUGGCUGACCAACUUCAAGCUGGACAUGGGAUCCAAUGCUGCAUUCAAGGAAAGCUCGAAGAUUCAUCUGCUUCAUCAAGUUAUCAUGGAUGCGGGUUGGCAUUUUCAACUGGAGAAGCCUAUCGUUGAAGACUUUCUCGGUCAUAUCGACCAUCCAUACAAAGGGGUUCGCGAAGCCAUGGCACACACCCUCGCCACCAUCACUCGAACUCGCUACCACGAGUCCUACAGUAGUGUGUCAGAACUUGUUGAAGCACAGAAAGCUGCUGGUUCGAUCGGAAAGCAGCCGUAUGUGCCGACUGCUGAGUUUGACCGUACAGUCUAUGAGAUAUUUGAGAGAAUUGAGAGAUGGCGACAUGAGCGAACUCCUGGACAGCAGACGCCGUCCGCGUAUACUUCAGGCAGCAAGACUGUCUUGUUGUGGCUGGAUUCGAUGCUCUCGUCUUACGAAUGCACACAAUUCCUUAAGUACUUCCCAGAUUUGUUCACAGAGCAUUUCCUCCACAUGAUGGAUGUCAAGGAGGAUCCCGAGCUGCAGUCUCUAGCUUAUCACGUCUUCCGUCAUCUGCCAAACAUCCCUCACCGCAUUGGUGAAGAUCGAAAGUUGAUCGACGCUUUGAUUCGAAUCGGACGUACGUCGACAUCUUGGCAUCAACGACUAAGGGUCAUGAUCAAUAUGCAGAUCAUCUUCUUCCGACGCUUGUUCUUGCUAUCUGAGGAGAGCAAGCACUUGUUGUUUGAUUGCGUGGCUGAGAUGCUCGAAGACACGCAGCAUGAAGUUCGAGCUGGUGCGGCUACAACGUUGUCAGGGAUGAUUCGUUGUUCGCCCGAAGCUUUGCGUAAGAAGAUGGUGGUGGAGUUGAGACAGCGGUUCACGCAAAAGUUGAUCGACAAUCCUCUCCCGAAGAAACCCAAAGGCCAGCUGGCCGGCAUUGCCGCUGGAAUUUCGUCAGCUCGAACGUCUGGUACCAACACCCCGACCCCAGAAGCUCAGAGACUGGUUCUCGUUCGGCAUGGAGCAGUCCUGGGCUUGGGUGCAUUGAUUCAAGCCUUCCCAUAUUCGAGUCCGCCUCCACGGUGGAUGCCAGAUGUCCUGGUCACCUUGAGCAGCAAGGCAGCCAAUGAUCCGGCAACAGUGGGGAAUGCCGUCAAAAGCAUCAUUAGUGAUUUCAAAAAAACCAGGCAAGAUACCUGGCAUAUUGAUGUCAAGGCAUUCCAACCAGAGCAAAUUGAGGAUCUUUCUGGCGUCCUGUGGAAGAGCUACUUUGCUUAGAGUCUCCCAAGUCAACUGGCCUCGAAGUUGAGGCUUGGGUCGUCCAGAGAAGAUCUUAGUUAGGGCAUCGGCGAGCGAUCUCUCCCUGGAUAUCCCUACUGAAACGUGUGACAUCUACUCGUCUAUGUGUACUACUAGAUGGGGACGGUCCAAUAGCUACCUGAUAUGAGUUUGCAUCCACGUGGCUUGCUCUAAGACAACCCUCUUUCGGUUCGUGCUGGCAGGGAGAAGGGGCAAAACUGCCAUGCCGACAGAACAGUGUGUUGGUUCCAGCAGGCCAACUUAAAUCUAUAUGUAUCAAACCUACAAAUACCUUUCCAACCCGUGGUUGAGUGAGUGAGUGAGUGAGUGAGUGAG